GCGCACAAGCAGCCCCUCCUGUGAUGGAGUGAGAGGGGAUGGAGAGAGAUGCAGGGAGAAAAAGAUAGAGUUGCACAGGGAAAGGAAAGCAGGAUUACUGGUGUGACAGCACAGGCAGAUGAGCGUCAGCGCAGCGGAGAGGGAGAAACUGCUGAAGGAAAAGAAAAAAAAAGAAGAAAAAACAAAUCAGUGCAACAGGAUGAGGACCUGCUAGUGCACAGCCUGCCCGACCCCACAGACCUGCCAUCUGUCCUGCUUUUUUCUCUCUCUGUUCCUGACGCUUCCAGCAUCCUAUAACAUCUGGAUCACCUCGCAUCCAUAUGGGAAGGAGGGCAGGAGGGGAGGAACAAACCUCAAUUCGAUCCUUUUCUUUUUGCUGCUAAAGCAGGACCUGAGGAGGAGCAUCAGCAACUGGGGGGCCUGAUAAGUGAAGCAAAGGAGGAGGAAAACUUUCUUCGACCAUGUUUAGGUUCGGACAGGAUCUUUCCCCAUGCGUGUGGGAAAUGUUCUAACUUUCUAUGGAUUUUUUUUUGUCUCUCUCUCUGAGGAGGGAGAGGUAGAAAAAGGAGGAGGCUCCACCGUCAGCAGUGCUGGAGUGUUACAGAGGUUUGUGCUCCUGUCAUUGAGGAAGCAUUUUAUCACUCUCCCUCCCUCUCUGCCGCUUUCACUCCUCCUCUCAUUCGAGCAGCGGGGAGCCUGACGGAUACAGACGGAGAACCAAACACAGCUGCUUCACACACACACACAUACACACACACACACUCAGGCUGCUGUGCCAGGGCUCCCACACCUCCCUUUCCUCCUUUCACCCUCCGUCACUUUCCUCUCCUGUCCCGUUUUGAUGCCCUGUCUUCACCUCCACGACCACUUGUGAAUGUGAUGCACGCAGGAAAGCAGACGGGGAGCAGAGCGCCCAGACAGUUUUUUUGGGGGGAAAAAAAGACACACACACACACACUUGUCAUCACGUUGUGAAGUCCUUCAGGAGAGUGUGUGGAUAUCAAAGGCUGCUUUGCACACACAAACACGCGCCCGCACACGCACGCGGAGGGACUGAUGAACUCACACUCUCCUGCUCUCGCUGAAAGACGUGGUCUAAAUGUGGACUCCUACAGGUGCUGAGAGGGGAGAGAGGGGCGGGUGAGGAGCAGGUGAAGGCAAAAGGAGACGCUUUGAGGAGAGAAAAAGAGAAUAAUGAUGGAGCAGCUGGAGUUUAAGUUGGAUGAGAGCAGAAAACACAGGCAGUAGGCUGCCAACAUGGCCAUACCCAGGAGACCUCCUCCUCCUCACACUCCUUGGCCUCCAGUGUUCCUGCUUGUCCUGCUCUUGCCCCCACUGCAGGCUCGGCCACUGCUUGUCCACUCGUCCAUUAACGUGGCGGUAGUGUUCAGCGGCUCCAGCUAUCAGAGCGAGGUCAGGGGUCGCCUUAGUGGGGAGAACUUCGUCGAUCUGCCAGUGGUAGUUAGCCCUGUGACCGUGCUCGUCAACGACACCAACCCCCGGGACCUGCUGACACAUCUCUGCGACACGAUGGCAACGGAGAAGCUGCAUGGGGUGGUGUUUGAGGACGAUGUGGGCUCAGGUGCAGAUGCUCAGGUGGCAGAAGUGGCACAAAUCUUGGACUUCCUCUCCACACAGACAGCUCUGCCAAUUGUGGGCAUCAGUGGCGGCUCCGCAGUUGUUAUUCCAUACAAGGCUGAAGGAUCCUCCUUUCUACAGAUGGGAGCUUCUUUGGAGCAGCAGGUCAUCUGCAUGUUCAAGAUCUUGGAGGAGUAUGACUGGGCAGAGUUUGCCGUAAUCACCAGCUUGAUGCCGGGCUACGACACCUUUGUGGAUAUAGUUCAGUCCUACACAGACACAUCCUACUUUCUCUGGAAUCUGCAGGAUAUCAUGUCUCUGGAAAUGUCGGUUGGUGCCAAUGAUUUGAAGACCAAACGCAUGCUGCAGCAGUUGGACUCCCAGGUCCUGUUGGCGUACUGCUCCCACGAGGAAGCACAGUACCUGUUUCGUCUAGCAGGCGAGUUGGGUCUGCUGGGGCCCGGCUACAUCUGGAUCCUCCCCAGCCUUGCCGUAGGCAACCCCAACAGCCCUCCACCUGCCACCUUCCCAGUAGGUGUGAUCGGUGUGAUCACGGACCAGUGGAGGAAAAGCUUGCGGCAGAGAGUAAGGGAGGGCGUCGCCAUCGUAGCCAAAGGGGCAGAGAGUUUCAAGAAGGUUUAUGGUUUCAUUCCCGAAGGACAUGGAGAUUGCAGUAAACCAGCAAAACAGUCAGAGAACAACACUCUGGUCAGGCACAUGCUGAAUGUAACGUGGGAACAAAAAGACCUGUCAUUCAACAAUCAAGGCUUUCUAUCCAACCCUUCUAUGGUCAUCAUUGCUUUGGACCGGGAGAGACUGUGGGACAAGGUGGGCACGUUCGCUCGCGGCAUCCUUCAGGUUCGCUACCCCAUCUGGCCGCGGUACGGCAGCUUCCUGGAGCACAUAUCUGAUGACCGCCACCUGACGGUGGCCACCCUCGAGGAGCAUCCCUUUGUCAUGGUCGAGAACGUGGACCCGGGAACCGGCACAUGCGUCCGCAACACUGUGCCCUGCAGGCGUCAGUCCAAUCACACAGACAGUGUCCAAUCCGAGUCCUACACCAAACUGUGCUGCAAAGGUUUCUGCAUAGAUAUCCUGAAGAAGCUAUCCAAAACAAUUAAGUUCUCCUUCGAUCUCUACCUGGUCACCAACGGAAAGCACGGCAAACUGGUGCAUGGGAUUUGGAACGGGAUGAUUGGGGAGGUUUUCUACAGGCGUGCUGACAUGGCCAUCGGCUCGCUUACUAUCAACGAGGAGCGCUCUGAAAUCAUUGACUUCUCUGUGCCGUUUGUGGAGACGGGAAUAAGUGUCAUGGUAGCGCGUAGUAACGGCACAGUAUCGCCGUCUGCCUUUCUUGAGCCCUACAGUCCAGCAGUUUGGGUCAUGAUGUUUGUGAUGUGUCUGACCGUCGUGGCUGUGACCGUGUUUGUGUUUGAAUAUUUCAGCCCAGUGGGCUACAACCGCAGUCUGGUAAGCGCCAAAGCUCCGGGUGGGCCGACGUUCACGAUAGGGAAAUCAGUGUGGCUGCUGUGGGGAAUCGUCUUCAACAACUCCGUCCCCAUUGAAAACCCCAAAGGAACCACCAGUAAAAUCAUGGUCCUGGUCUGGGCCUUCUUCGCAGUCAUCUUCCUGGCUUCUUACACCGCCAACCUGGCUGCUUUCAUGAUCCAGGAGCAAUAUAUUGACACUGUGUCUGGCCUUUCUGACAAGAAGUUUCAGAAACCACAGGAGCAUUAUCCUCCUUUUCGCUUCGGGACAGUUCCAAAUGGGAGCACAGAGAGGAACAUUCGCAGCAACUAUCCUGAUAUGCACACACACAUGAUGAAAUAUAACCAGAAGGGGGUGGAAGAAGCUCUGGAGAGCCUCAAAACCGGGAAACUAGAUGCCUUCAUCUAUGAUGCUGCUGUCUUGAACUACAUGGCUGGUAAAGAUGAGGGUUGCAAACUGGUGACCAUUGGCAGUGGGAAAGUGUUUGCCACCACGGGAUAUGGCAUUGCUUUGGAGAAAGACUCCCGCUGGAAACGACCAAUUGACUUGGCAUUGCUACAGUUUCUUGGAGAUGGAGACACAGAACGUCUGGAGACAGUUUGGCUUUCUGGUAUCUGCCAGAACGAGAAAAACGAGGUGAUGAGCAGCAAGCUGGACAUUGACAACAUGGCUGGCGUCUUCUACAUGCUUCUGGUGGCUAUGGGCCUCAGUCUGCUGGUCUUCGCCUGGGAACACCUGCUAUAUUGGAAGUUGCGGCACUCUCUCCACAAGUCUCAUAAACUUGACUUCCUGUUGGCCAUAAGCAGGGGUAUUUACAGUUGCUUCAAAGGAGUAGAAGAUCCAGGACGCUCAUCUGGUUUGGCCAAACCUGACCUGACCUCCAACUAUGCUCAAGCAAACAUGCUAAAAAUGCUUCGCACUGCCAAGGAUCUGGUCUCCACUGCGAAUGUUGAGAGCUCCCUGGACAAUGCUACCAAGACCAUAGAGCAGUUGACUCGUCAUGGAAGUAGUAUGCCUGUUCGUGUCCCUCAAGUCACCACUGAGGCCGUUCCGGGAGGAUUUGCUUAUGUUGCUGAAAAUCACUGCUCCAUUCCUCAGGGGUCCCUCACCCCACCUCUAACUGGCAUUACUUCUUUGAAACAACACAGGGGUGUAAGUAGACCAACACCACUGCGCUACACACUUCCAACUCGUUCAACAUCGUGUCUGUAUGACAGACCACUUCCUGUGUCCAGUUUGAGCACUCCUCACCUGGCUGUAGGGGAGACGCUCCCUCAUCAGCACCCACACCACUACCAGACUACAGGGAGGGUGUAUGUAGACUCCCAUUCUCAUUCCCCUUACAUUGCCUACUCAGAACUCCAGCUACCUGACAUUUACACAUCUCAUCCAGUCUCUUUACCCCAAAACCAACAUAUCCAAUUGGGCCUUUCACAACCAAAAAGGAGGUCCAAGAGUUUUCAGUGUGAGAAUGGGGAUGUGGAAAGGAGAAAACACGGGGAUCAGGGUAAGUGUGACAAAAGUACCAUCAGUCUGACUGAACUUAAAGUCAAUCACCUCCAAGAGAAUCAUAUCUCCGCCCCAAGUGUUGACAAUGUUUACUCAGGAGAGGGGAUGUGUCCCCGGGUGGAGAAUUAUAGCUCUUGGCCUCCAGAGGACCUUGUGCUGAGGGGCCGGCGGAGGCACCGCCGCCCCUCUUUUCUUAAAGCAACGUGGGGCAAUGACCAAAUUCAUCAUCUUGAUGAAUCACAGUCUUCUUUAUCCAGCCAAUCACCUUCAACCUUGCCGGACCUGUUUCCAUGCAUGGUUACUCCUACAACAUCUGCCAAGCCUUACAAUCCUGCCCAUGUUCGAAACAACCUGUGCCUCCCAAGGAACCAGGCCUACCUCCACAUAAGGGAGGACCAGAGGAGGCCAAAUGGACGAAAGGGCCAGAGACUGCGCUACUCCCACUCCACCCACCUCCCAACAUAUGGAGAAGCGGUUCGAAAUGGAAAUGGUUUAGGGCGGGGUAUGGUCCGCAGAGCCACAAGCCUGCUCAGCCGACAGUACGCACACUACCUGAACUCAUACCCCGGUCUCCCAAUCUAUCACAGUCCACUGGACCUCCAGCAUCACAGCCAGAGUUCCAGCCCAGUGUGCCAACUGUUGGCCUGUGGUGGUGGACGAUGUGGGGGGCAGCGGACACUGCUGUAUCAAGACAAUGUGUAUGGAGCUUAUGGGGCCUAUCAGGGACCCCAGACUGGCUCCGACGCCCAGAUAGGGCAAGGAGGAACAGGACAGCCUGUUGGGAGUCCUUGUGUACUUCGGCCUUGGCGACGGGUUUCCAGUCUAGAAUCUGAAGUUUAAUUGACAAUCUUGCUGGAUGAAAGCUGUGGAGUUAGAGAAGAUGAGAAUAAUAAAUGUUACAACUUUGGAAAGUUUUUCGUUGUUAGAUUUACAGUUAUGUUGAUUUUAAUUGUGUCAUUGUGUGGUAAAGAAUAGUAAUUCAGGUCAGACUCUUGGAUAAAGACUUUCACCAAUCUAUCCUUGAUAAAGUUGUGGAAAGCUGGGUUUGACUGGUUUAACUCAGUGGCUGCUUUCCCACAAAAGUGUUCCAUCUUUCACAGGAGAUCAUGUUAUUGACAAAUGGUUCAACUGUAACCUGAAAUUUAUUGCUUUGUGUGUGUGUGUUUAAAUUUUUAUUGUGUGGAUUGCUGGUAUUCAACAUUGAUUAUUGUCUGGUAGACAAACUGUUUACAUCUGGGAAGAAGCGUUGGAUAGGCAGCCAUCACUAGUCACUAGAUAUCUAAAAAAAAGUUGUGAUGUAGAUGUGAAGUGUUUAUUUAUGAGAUGAGGUCAUCAGUACUGAUUUUUAAAAGGCAUAAAAGUACACCAGUUUUCAGAAGCAAAUAUAAUCAGUCCAAGUCAUAAUGAUGAAUCACAGGAAGCAGCUACUUUGUGAAAGCAGUCCGCAACAACACGAUCUGCAAAAUGAUUGCCGCAUUAGAACAGCAUUGACCAGCACUAGGUGUCUUAACCCACGGAUUUCAUCCUCACUGUACCUAAGUGUGAGGCUUCAACAGCACACAAGCCUCACGUUGAAUAAAUUAUGUAUUCUAAGUACUAUAAUCGCAUAGUCGAAUGUGUUAUUUGAGGCUGGUUAAUGUAAUAUUCAUAUAUUCCACAUAUAGGACUUUAUAAUCACCAGUUUUUUCUAAACACACCUCUGGCACAUUAAAAAAAAGAAUCUGUUUAAAAACUGCUGUAAGUUUAUGGAAGCUUUUGGUACUACUUUAUUAACAUCAGUUAACCAAUGAUCCAUUCCCCCUUUUCGACUCUUUUAUAUUUCCUCUUCAUCCCUCUUUUUACCAUCCACUCAAACUGUUUAUUAAAAAAAUGAGGUUAGUGAAAACGAUUAUAGUAUCUAUAUUACCAGGCUUCUACACCCUGUAAUUAUCCACAAAGACCAAUUAAAGAGUCUUUUUUGAUGAA